GAAAAGUUUCUUUCCGUUUAGAACAGUGACGAGUGCUUGUUCUCAGCAGAGCUAAGGCCCGUUUGGCGACUUGCACGAAAGUUAUCAAAUAAAAAACAAAGAAAAUGGCAUCCAAAGCUGAAUUGGCUUGCGUAUACUCCGCUUUGAUUCUCGCUGACGACGAUAUCGCCGUCACCGGUGAAAAACUCCAAACCAUCUUGAAAGCCGCCAAUGUGGAGGUCGAGCCCUACUGGCCUGGACUCUUCGCCAAAGCUUUGGAAGGUGUAAACAUCAAGGAAUUGAUCACCAAGAUCGGUUCUGGAGUUGGUGCUGCACCAGCUGGCGGAGCUGCCGCUCCAGCUGCCGGUGCCCCAGCCGCCGCCGCUCCCGCCAAGGAGGAGAAGAAGAAGGAAGAAGAACCUGAAGAGUCUGACGACGACAUGGGUCUUGGACUUUUCGAUUAAGUUAAGACUUAACUGUUUUAAUUUAAGAAUAAAGUUUUUUUAAGAACAA